AUGGCUUCCGUUUCCGAGCUUGCUUGCAUUUACUCCACGCUGAUUCUUCACAAUGACGAAGUCACCGUCAUGGAGGAUAAGAUCAAUGCACUUAUCAAAGCAGCUGGAGUGAAUGUUGAACAUUUCUGGCCAGGCCUAUUUGCAAAAGCCCUGGCCAACACUGACAUUGGAAGUCUCAUCUGUAAUGUUGGAGUGGGUGGUGCUCCGGCUGCUGCGGCCCCUGCUGGAGGAAGAGGGGCCCCUGCAGGUGGCGCUGCUCCUGCUGAAGAAAAGAAAGAAGAGUCUGAAAAAUCUGAUUAUGACAUGGGCUCAGCCACAGACAUGAAGAAGAGACAACGCUGGCCAAUGCAGCAUAUUGGCCCCUAG